CUUAAAUAACAUUUUAAAUCUUUCAUCCACAAUAAUUCAAGAAUGAGUUCCUGUGAACUGCAACUAAAUUUCAUCAAUGAAUCUUUAACAAAUCAGCUGGCAUGGGCAAUGGACUUUUCCAACUUUAGUUCAAGAUCAGCUACAAAAUUUAUGCAUCGAACAAUUGGACAUUAUGAGGAAUGUGUGAAAUUUAAAUAUGAUGCAGGCAAUAGAAGAAUUGGAACAAUUAGAGGACAAUAUUGCACAUUAGUUCCAAAAUCUUUAUCAGAAGAUUUGCCAGAUGUUGAGUUACCAGAAUGGAGUGGCAAAUUUUUGGAACCAAGCCGAGAAUACAUUUUCGAGAGUGGAAUUUGUGUGCCUGACACGUGCAGUAAUGCUGAACUUACAACUUUUCUUAGUCCCACAUUGACAAAAGUUGGUAUUCGAUCAAAACAUUUUUUAUGUCAAACUGAUAAGGCAUAUCCACUUCACACUCUUGACUUUUUCAUCAUUAUCACUUUAGCACUGCUAUGUACAACAAUAAUCGUAAGCACCAUCUAUGAUAUACUAAAGAGGAAAAAUCCGAACCAGAUUAAUAAAUGCUACAGCGCAUUGUCACUAUACACAAACACAAAAGAGUUGCUGCAAAUUGACUAUUCGAAAUCAAACAACGUCAUUUAUUGUAUGCAUGGACUACGAGUGCUAUCUGCCAUUUGGGUUAUUGCAUCUCACAGACUUCAGCGACGAGAUUUGUACAUGUCUUUUUGGGACCAGCCAAAAAACAUUUUUGGAAUCAUUAUUCUGGAAAUCAUUUAUAAAGUUGGCUAUGCUGUUGAUAUCUUCUUCCUGCUUUCAUCAAUCCUUGUCACAUAUUCAUGUCUUCGGGCGUUUGAAAAGAAGAAGAUGAACUUAUCAAAAUUCUACAUCAGCCGUUAUUUGCGUUACGUUCCUUCCAUGAUGAUUUUAAUUCUUUUUGUAAUCAGCUCAUUCCCAAUAUUACUUAUUGAUGGACCCGUCAUCAGAUACUUUUACGAUGUUGCUUGGAAAUGCCACAGAUAUUGGUGGUCAUCAUUAUUAUUGCUUCAAACUUAUGUAAAUGUUGAUAACAUAUGUCUUGGACAUACUUGGUAUCUUAACACGGAUUUUCAAUUGUACGUAGUGUCUCCAUUUUUCAUUUAUGUCGCUUGGAAGCUUGGAUUUAAAAGUUUUUGGAUAUUUGGCGCUAUCUUAGCUGUUGAUCAGAUUGCUAUUUUCUUCAUGACUUUUUUCGAUGUAAUUAAAUACCGUCUUGUUUAUCGACACAUGCAUUUCCGGCUAGGACAAUGGUUAAUUGGAGUUGCUCUUGGAUACUUAAUGUACAGAUUUAAAAAUGAUUCAGAUCAAAUUAGUAUUUCAAAGAAAGUUCAACGUAUAUGCUGGAUUGUGUUAUCAUCAGCAUUAGUAUCACAAGAAGUUUGCAUUUAUUUGGUCAAAAACAAACUUUAUAAGGAUUUUUACUAUGCAACUUAUCGCAUUAUAUUCACGUGCUUUGUUGGAUGGAUGAUCUUCUCAUUUCAUUAUUUAAAAUCAGGCAGUGUGAUUCGUUGGUUCUUGUCUCAUCCUUUAUGGCAGCCACUCUCAAAAUUAAGUCUCAGUAUUUAUCUUGUACAUGAUGUCUACAUCAUCAUGUCUGUUUCGAACACGAAGGAGCUCUCGCAUUAUGAAAUGAGUUGGUUCAUGCACAUCUUUGCUGGUGAUAUUCUUAUGAGUAUCCUUUAUGGGGCUCUUAUGUAUUUACUUUUUGAGGCACCAAUUGCAAAACUUUCAAGUGGUGAUGCUUGGGUAGAAACUAUUUCCCUCUUAACGUAUGAAGUACUGUGCUUAGUUGAUUUAAAAGAGUAUAAAAUGGCCUUUAAUGACUGGUUGUGUGAUUUACAAUUAGAUUAUUUUAAUGCAUCGCUAUCUAAACGUGAAUUUUGGGCAAUGAGAAUGCUAGACAUGUACGCCAAAUUACCUCCCGGAAUUCUCCACAGAAAUGUUCGACAAUUUGGACUUUUCAAUGAAUGCCUUAAUCUAAAACAUAUAGCAACAGAUGAAAAUGUAGGUUUAAUUCAGGGUCAGUAUUGCACGAUAACUUAUGUUUCUUCAUCAAAUGGAUUGCCAAUAGAUAAUGACCGAUUAGUAUGGAAAGAUAUUGGACUGCUGGCAAGAAGUCGGAAUUUAAGAUUCGAAAGUGGAAUUUGUGUUCCUGAAACUUGUAGUGAAGAUCGUGCAAGAAUUUAUGCAAAUUCAAUCCUUAAGAAUGCUGAUUUAACAGCUGUUGCUACAUUUUGUCAGCAAAAUGAGGAUAUUGUACUUUCAGCCCUUGAUUAUGUUAUGCUUGUCAUGCUGGCAUUAUUGGUGCUAAUUAUAAUUACAAGUACAAUUUAUGAAGUAUGGACAAAAAAGCAAUCUCACGAAUCCAAAAAAGUAUUCACAGCAUUUUCUCUCAACACAAAUAUAAAGGAGCUGCUGCAUAUUGACUACAGGAAAUCACGAAACAUUAUUGCAUGCAUGCACGGAAUGAGAGCAUUAGCGGCAUUUUGGAUUAUUUCAGGUCAUAGAAUUUUUCGUGAUAGUCGGUAUAUGUCACGUCCAAUAAAUCCUAACAAUAUCGCUGCGACGGCAACUCUUGCAUUAUUGAUGACUGUUGAUUAUGCAGUCGAUAUAUUUUUCCUGCUCUCAGCCAUCCUUGUUGCACAGUCAUGUUUGCGUGCUCUCGAUGGGAAAAAGUUAAACUUAGGAAAAAUUUAUUUGAAUCGUUACAUGCGGUACACACCAUCAGUUUUUGUUCUAUUACUAUUCAUGUUAACCUUUCUGCCAUAUGCUCUUGUUAAUGGCCCAUCAAUUCGGUUACUCACAACAAAUGUCGAAAGAUGUCAAAAAUAUUGGUGGUCGACAAUACUUAUGAUACAAAAUUACGUUAACGUUGAUCAAAUUUGUCUAGGACAUGUGUGGUAUUUGAAUGUCGACAUUCAACUUUAUUUAAUGUCUCCAAUUUUCAUUUACAUAGCUUGGAAAUUGAGGUACAAAAGCUUUUGGAUUUUUGGAGCAAUACUGGCUGCUGUGCAAAUCAGCAUAUUCUUUGUAAGAUUUUAUGAUACAGUGAAAGAAGAGGUAGUAUAUAGGCAGACACAUUUCCGUAUUGGCCAAUGGCUGGUUGGAAUUUCAUUAGGCUAUGUUAUGUAUCAAAUGAAAGAUGAAACUAGUGAAUAUCGAAUCCGAAAAAGAGUACGAUACACGUGCUGGUUUUUGACAGCAUCAGCUUUGAUAUCAACAGAAAUUUAUUAUCAGUUACUCAGAACAGAACCAUUUCCCAGAGCAUUUUAUGAAGCAACUCAUCGUAUAAUAUUCACGUGCUUUGUUGGAUGGAUGAUUUUCUCAUUUCAUUAUUUAAAGUCCGGAAAUAUUUUUCGAAAGUUCUUAUCUCAUCCUUUAUGGCAACCAAUUUCAAAAUUAAGCCUUAGCAUUUACUUGGUUCAUGAUAUUUAUAUAAUCAUGUCUGUUUCUAAUAUUAAAGAUCUUUCGUAUUUUGAUAUGAGUUGGAUGCUUCACAUUAUAGCUGGUGAUAUUUUGAUGACAAUUUUGUAUUCUGUUCUGCUUUAUCUUCUUAUUGAAGCACCAAUCAGUAAACUUUUGAAUUAUUACCUUAAGUAAAGAUUUGAAAAUGUUUGAAUUGAUUUAAAAAUAUAAAAUUGAUGAUUUAAAAGAUGACUUGUCAAGCUUUAUAUUUUCAAACAUAUGCUGCACGGAGCUUGGUCUAUCCACAAGACUUUUGAUGGUAUGUAUUAAUAUAUCCGCAUUGCGUUUCUUCCCCGAUGCACCAGUUUGUUUAAAAUGUUUUGCUGCAUUUUCGACUUUGUGUAAAUUCUCAACAUUACAAAAAUUAUGGUUUCCUUUAUUCAUAAAUACAGUCAAUAAAUAUACCAAGAAAUCAUGUAAGCAAAUAUGUAUAUUGUAUGAAAAGCCAAUAAAGACAAUCCAAUGCUAUAUUUUUUGAUUCAUGUAAAAAAAUAUUUAUGUGGCAAUGUAAAACAAAG